UCGGAGUGAUGACGUAGUUGUGACGCGGCGGUAAGAUGGCGGCCUCGUUGGGCUCCAGAGAAGCGGACAUCGGGAAGAGGAGACAGAAACGUCCGUGGGAAGACGUCACCAUGUCGGGUGAGACCGGUGUGGCCCCCAGCCUCCCGGAGAACAUCGGCUUCUACGACCUGGACGCCGUCCGGAGGGAGCGGCGAAGGGACCCGGACCCGUCCCUCGCCCACUUCCUGUCUGCUGAGCUCACCAGAGGUUACUUCCUGGAGCACAACGAGGCUCAGUUCAGAGAGCGCAGAGAGAAGGUCUACACCUGCAUGAGGAUCCCCAAGGAGCUGGAGAAGCUGAUGGUGUUCGGCUUCUUCCUGUGUCUGGACGCCUUCCUGUACGUCUUCACUCUGCUGCCGCUGCGUGUGCUGCUGGCCCUGCUGAGAGUGGUAACGCUGCCAUGCUGCGGAGCCCGGCCUCACACCUGUCCCUACUGCAGGAGAAACAGUGGGUCCCGCGUGCUGCAGCCUGCCCAGGUGUGUGACGUGCUGAAGGGGCUCAUCCUUCUGCUCUGCUUCUCCAUGAUGACCUGUGUGGACUACGCCAUGAUGUACCACCUGAUCAGGGGCCAGUCUGUCAUCAAGCUCUACAUCAUCUACAACAUGCUGGAGGUGGCGGACCGGCUCUUCUCGUCCUUCGGUCAGGACAUCCUGGACGCGCUCUACUGGACGGCCACGGAGCCCAAGGAGCGCAAGAGGGACAGCAUCGGGGUCCUCCCACACUUCUGCAUGGCCGUGUGCUAUGUCUUCCUCCAUGCCCUCCUCAUCAUGGUCCAGGCCUCCACACUCAACGUGGCCUUCAACUCGCACAACAAGUCGCUGCUCACCAUCAUGAUGUCAAACAACUUUGUGGAGAUCAAAGGGAGCGUCUUCAAGAAGUUUGAGAAGAACAACCUCUUCCAGAUGUCCAACAGCGACAUCAAGGAACGCUUCACCAACUACAUCCUGCUGAUCAUCGUCUGUCUGAGGAACAUGGAGCAGUUCUCCUGGAACCCAGAGCACCUGUGGGUACUGUGUCCCGACGUCGUCAUGGUGAUCACCUCGGAGGUUGCCGUCGACAUCAUCAAGCACGCCUUCAUCACCAAGUUCAACGACAUCACCGCCGACGUCUACAGUGAGUACCGCGCCAGUCUGGCCUUUGAACUGGUCAGCAGCCGGCAGAAGAACGCCUACACAGACUACAGCGACUCCGUGGCUCGGAGGAUGGGCUUCAUCCCGCUCCCGCUCGCUGUCCUGCUGAUCCGGGUAGUGAUGAGUUCUCUGAAGGUGCAGGGAGCUCUGGCCUACUGCUGCGUCUUCCUCUGCUACCUCGGCCUGGUGUCCCUCAAGGUGCUGAACAGCAUCGUGCUGCUGGGGAAGUCCUGCAUCUACGUCAAGAGAGCAAAGAUGGAGGACAAGCUGUUUGAUCGCCCGGCGCCCCCCAGACCGCCCCCAGGAAAAGCGGACCAGGAGCCAAGCCCCGCCCCCUCAGGUGUGGACAAGACCUCGGCUACUUCCUGCAGAGCAACGUCCACCUUCUCCUCCUCCUGCUCCUCCUCCUCAGUGACCAGCCAGCCUCCCCCGAGGACUGACCUCCCGCCCCCCCCUCCCUCCUCCUCCUCCACCACCACCAUCCUAUCCGACCCCGACCCCAGCACUGACCCCACCCCCGACCCCUGCCUGGCCAGCGACACGGCCCCCCCGCCAGCCCCUCCCCCCCCGGAGGACCCUGCCCUCCCCGGCGAGGAGGCGGGGCCAGACCUCCGAGUCAGAGGGGCCAAGAAGGACCUGCUGGAAAUCGACCGCUUCACCAUCUGUGGGAACCGCAUCGACUAGACCGCCCAGAACCGCAUCGACUAGACCGCUGAGUCCCAGCCCGCGGUGUGGGACCGUCUGACCCUCUCUGGUUCUGGGGGCGGAACAAAGAACCAAGAAGAACAGAUCUUCAUCCUGGACCGCCUGCUGGUUCGACGGGGUUCGAUGGGUCCAAACACUACUCUCUGGUCUCCGUGUUUUUCAACAGGAAGCUCUUCAGAGCGUUCAGGCUGUGGACGGACUCCAGUGGGCUCAUCCAAAACGCCUUAAACCAGACGCCUGAUUGUGUGGAGGUGCUCUGAAUGAAGGGCCUGAUUCAACCCCCUCUCCUGGCUCCUCUCCAGGCCCCUUCAAAGCAAUGUCUGGAGUGUUAUUGAUCAGAUGUGAUUUUGAUAUGAAGUGUGUGAGGAGCAGCUGAGGUCCUCAUGUUUGACUCUAGACGUCCAGCAGGGGGCGAUGUGCCAAAGUACAGGAUCACUUUUCUACAGACAGGAAGUAGUUUUAUAUCCAGAGACUUUAGAGGGACCAUGCAGUAAUGCAUCACUACGGUGACCACCGCGUUCAUUCACAAGAAGGUAAAGUGUUCUGUUGCCAUGACUUACCUUCUGAGUUCUUGUUGCCAUGGUGAUCUUGGUCACUUUGUGGAGGAUUUAUAAACAGCGAAUUCUGGUGUUUUUAUUUUUGGGAUUCUUUUUUAAUAAUUACUUCCAUUGAAGCCUAAUGAAGAUGUAUUUCUGAGUUGUGAUUAUAAUAAUCCUUAAGUUGGGAACUGCUUUUGAACCGGAUCUAACCAAUCAGAAACGGAUCGGACCAAUCAGAACCUGAUCUAACCAAUCAGAAGAGUUCUACAGGAGGGGUGGGACCUUGAGGUGAUGGAUCCAGAUAGAGAUAGAUAAAUAGUUUUAUCUAUCUAUAGAUACAGAUAUUAUAUAUAUUCCUGAUCGGUACACUGCCCUCGUUAUUUCUGCUGCUGCGACUGUAAUUUAUUGUUUUUAUAUCGUGUCAAAUGCACUAAUUUGAAUUAAUAAAAGCAGAUUCUAUGA